GGAAGCCAGCUGAGCGGGCCAUGGAGGACGGACCCGCGGGCGGAACCCUCCCUCGAGAGGCCUCGACUGAGGAGGCUGAGCCGCUGGCUGCUACGUGGAGCGGGGACAGCGGCCACGUAUCGCAGAGCCAAAGCAGCGCGUCAGGGCCGUGGGAGGAUGAUGGCUCCGAGGACGCGCCGGGCCGCGACCUGCCGCUGCUGCGCCGCGCUGCCUUGGGCUACGCCUCCAGCCUGCUGCCCGCCUCGGGGCCGCGGCCCGAGGUGGAGGCUCUGGACGCCAGCCUGGAGGACCUGCUGGCCAGGGUGGACGAGUUCGUGGGCAUGCUGGACAUGAUCCGCGGAGACUCGUCCCACGUGGUGAGCGAGGGCGUGCCGCGGAUCCACGCCAAAGCCGCCGAGAUGAGGCGCAUCUACGGCCGGAUCGACAAGCUCGAGGCUUUCGUGAGGAUGAUCGGCAGCAGCGUGGCCAGGAUGGAGGAGCAGGUCACCAAGGCCGAGGCCGAGCUGGGGACCUUCCCGCGGGCCUUCCGGAGGCUGCUGCACACCAUCAGCGUUCCCGCUCUCUUCAAGUCCGCGCCCACCGGGCCCCAGCGUUCCGCCUACGAGCCCCCGGCCCUGUUUCGGACCGAGGACCACUUCCCCGGCUGCGAUGACAGACCGCAGCUCUGAUCCUGCGCCUUUACCGCAGGAGGACUCCAGUAAGACUCUUGCUCCGAGUGUUCAGAGAUCCUGCUUAACUGGUGUAUAUGAUGUCGAGAUGUGAACUGUUAAAAGUUUUAUUUUCUGCAAACGAAUCGAUAUCGUCAGUAUUCAAUGUCGAGAGUGUAGAACCCCGUGUCUUCCAGUUCUGAUCCGAAAGUUGUUUGGUGGG